AUGUUGCAAUUGAGCCCCAGUAUGAAGCCCCUUCCUUACUCAACUAUCUCUCUUUCUCUCUCAAGUUCUGCCACUCUGCCCAUCACUAUGAAGUGCUUGCUGGAGAACUGCAAUGUGGAUCGGCAGAUAGCACGCUUCGUGCUGCCUGUGGGGGCCACCAUCAACAUGGAUGGAACGGCUCUUUAUGAGGCCGUGGCGACCAUCUUUAUCGCCCAGGUCAACGAUUAUGAGCUGGACUUUGGCCAGCUGGUCACCAUUAGUAUAACAGCUACAGCUGCCAGCAUAGGUGCUGCUGGGAUUCCCCAGGCCGGCCUCGUUACCAUGGUGAUUGUCUUGACAUCAGUGGGUCUGCCGCCUGAUGACAUCACUCUCAUUGUGGCCAUCGACUGGGUGCUGGACCAAUUCCGAACCAUGAUCAACAUGCUUGGAGACGCCCUGGCAGCAGGAAUCAUCGGCCACUUACGUCGGAAAGACAUAAGAGCAAUAGUAAUGGAGGGAUCUGCAGCUGCUAACACCAUCUCCCAGUACACCUUGGCCAUAGUCAUCUAUGUGUACAUCCUAUGGAGAGGGCUGCACAAAGCCACCUGGGACGGCUCGUGCCAGACCCUUUUGACCAAUGAGCAGAGUCCGGUGGGUGUGGUUCUGUCUGUCAGGCAUCUGGUUCUUCGGCGUGGGCUGGCUGUGGUCGUCAUGCUGCUCAGCCUUGCAGUCUGA